UUGAAAAUGAGCAAGAUCAAGAAGAAAAUGAGGCGGAAGGCUAAAAACAAGCAGAAGCAGGAGGCCAAAGCCCCCAGGGCUAAGGAGGCCAAGAAGAAAUCCAAGGCCAAGGAGAAGAAGGGGAAGCCAGAGAAGGGCAAGGACAAGGCCAGGCCCAAGGAGAAGAAGGCCAAGGGGGCUCGGAAGGCAGACAAGGGGCUGCUGGCCCAGCGGCGCCUGGAGGAGCGGCGGCGGCAGCAGCUCAUCCUGGAGGAGAUGAAGAAACCCACGGAGGACAUGUGCCUGGGGGACCACCAGCCCCUUCCAGCCUUCUCCCGCAUCCCGGGGCUGGUGCUGCCCAGCCGCGCCUUCUCCGACUGCCUGACGGUGGUGGAGUUCCUGCAGAGCUACGGGAAGGUGCUGGGGCUGGAGCCAGCCCGGGACGUGCCCACGCUGGGAGCGCUGCAGGAGGGGCUGCUGGGGGUGGCCCCCGGCGCGGGGCAGCUGCAGGACCUGCUGGUGAGGCUGCUGCAGGCGGCGCUCUGCGACCCCGGGCUGCCACCCUACUGCCAGUCCCUGAAGAUCCUGGGGGAGAAAGUGUCGGAGAUCAGCCUGAACAGGGACACGGUGUCGGAGGUGCUGCGCUGCUUCCUGACGGCGCACGGGGCGGGCGCGGAGCUGUGCGAGGGGCUGCGCACCAAACCCUUCCAGGCUCUGCCCCCCGAGCUCAAAGCCUCCAUCCUGGUCUUCCUCAUCAACGAGCUCAACAGCAGCGCCCUCAUCAUCAGUGAGAUCGACAAGACCCUGGAGAGCAUGGCCAGCUACAGGAAGAGCAAGUGGAUCAUCGAGGGCCGACUGCGCAGGCUGAAGGUCGCCCUGGCCAAGAAGACGGGCCGUCCUGAGUCGGAGAUCACGGGGCUGGAGGACGGCCGGCGCCGGCGCAGCUCCCGCCUGACCGAGGACCUGGGGCUGGAGAUGGAGGAGGAGGAGGAGACCCGGGGGCGGAGAUCCCGCCGGGAGGAGGAGGUGGACACGUCCGCAUCCAGCGUCCCGGAGCUGGAGCGGCAGAUCGAGAAGCUGGCCAAGAGGCAGAUGUUCUUCCGCAAGAAGCUGCUCCAUUCCUCCCAGACCCUUCGUGCAGCCUCCCUGGGCCAGGACCGGUUCCGGAGGCGCUACUGGGUCCUGCCCCACCUGGGCGGCAUCUUCGUGGAGGGCGCGGAGGCAGCUGAGGCGGUGGCUCAGGAGCCCCCUGAGGAGAAGAUGUCCCCGCUGGUGUCCCCGGUGAAGGAGGAGCCGGCCGCCGUGCCCGUGGCCAGCCGGACGAGCUGCCCGGCCUCGCGUGCCCGGGGGCGGCCCCGGAAAAGCAAAGAGGAGCUGGCCCAGCACUGCGAGCCCUGCCCCGUGCCCAUCAACGGGGUCCUGGAGGAGCCAGAGCCCCUGGGGCAGAGCCAGCACGACCUCAGCCAGUCGGCCUUCCUGUCCUGGCUGAGCCAGACCCAGUCGUCCCUGCUCAAGGACUCGGUCCUCACCCCGGCCAGCAGCCCCGGCAAAGGGGACACGGGGCUCCCCGAGGCCCCCUCGGACCCCAUGGAGGAGGAAGAGGAGGAGGAGGAAGAGGAGAGAGCCCCGGGGGCUGUGGCAAAGAGAGGGCCCUGGUUUAACCUGCUGCCCCGCACGCCUUGUGACGACCGAGCCCCCCUCGCUACCUCCUCGGCCGAGCCCUCGCCACGACCCCCCGCAGCCCCCCGCAGCCAGAGCAGGGGGGAGCCCCCCAAGGGCUCAGCACGGCAGCUGAACGGCCUCCCCUCAGACGACCCCACGGCUCCCCUGCUCGCCUCCACGCCCGUGCACGCCGGCCCCAGGGCCCACGGCGCCUGCCCCCGCAGCCAGGGCAGUCUGGAAAAGCUCCAGGACGUGCCAGGACAACCCAAACGCCGAGGGAGACCCCCCACCAAAUUCUUCAAGCAGAUGGAGCAGAAAUACCUGACGCAGCUGACGGAGCAGCCGGUGCCCACCGAGAUGCAGAGUGGCUGGUGGUGGCUGAGGGACCCCGAGGAGCUGGAGGCAGUGGCACGGGCACUGCACCCGCGUGGCAUCCGGGAGAAAGCCCUGCACAAGCACCUGACCAAGCACAAGGAGUUCCUGCGCGAGGUUUGCCUCCGGAGCACCACCGACCCCAUCUUCCACCCUCGCCCGGACCCGGCCGCCGCCGCGGUGUCUCGGGAGGCCCUGGCUCAGUGGUCAGUGCCCGACAGAGCCUACGAGACCGACCUGGGCGUGCUGCAGUGGGUGGAGGAGCUGGAGCAGCGCGUCCUCAUGGCCGACCUGCAGAUCCGGGGCUGGACGUGUCCCAGCCCGGACUCGGUGCGGGAUGACCUGAGGUACUGCGAGCACAAAGUGGAGCCCCUGGAGGACAUCACGGUGCGCAGCAGGCGGGAGGGGCUGCCCCUGCGGCGGGAGCUCACCAACCCGCUGGACCUGGCCGUGCUGCGCCUGGCGGCGCUGGAGCAGAACCUGGAGCGCCGCUACCUCAAGGAGCCGCUGUGGCCGCUGCACGAGGUGGUGGUGGAGAAAGCCGUGCUGAGCGGAGCCGGGGAGCUGGGCGUGGGCACCACCGAGAUCUCGUACGAGAUCACGCCGCGGGUGCGGACGUGGCGGCAGACGCUGGAGCGCUGCCGCAGCGCCGCCCAGGUGUCCCUGUGCAUCUUCCAGCUGGAGAAAUCCAUCGCCUGGGAGAAAUCCGUCAACAGAGUGACCUGCCUGGUUUGCCGGAGAGGGGACGACGACGAGCACCUGCUGCUGUGCGACGGCUGCGACCGCGGCUGCCACCUCUACUGCCACCGGCCCCGCAUGACAGAGGUGCCCGAGGGCGACUGGUUCUGCUCCAUCUGCGUGGCCAGGGCCGGGCAGUACCGGGACCCCGUCUCCCCCCGGCGAGGCAAGAAACGGAAACGGGGCCGCGGGCUCGGGGCAAGCCCCGGCUCGGAGGAGCCGAGCCCGCGGCGGCGCCGCCCGGCCCCGCGGCACCGGGAGGGGCUGCCCGGGUCCCCCCGGUGCCCGGGGGCUCGGAGCCCUCCCCGCAGGAGGAGCUCGGCCCUGCGGGGGCAGCCCAGCGACCUGACCUUCUGCGAGAUCAUCCUGAUGGAGAUGGAGUCCCACGAGGACGCCUGGCCCUUCCUGGAGCCCGUCAACCCCCGCCUGGUGCCCGGCUACCGCCGCGUCAUCAAGAGACCCAUGGACUUCGGCACCAUGCGGGCCCGCCUGCUGCGGGGGGGGUACUCGAGCUCGGCCGAGUUUGCAGCCGACGCCCUUUUGGUGUUCGACAACUGCCAGACCUUCAACGAGGACGACUCAGCCGUGGGCCGGGCUGGCCACGCCAUGCGCCGGUUCUUCCAGAGCCGGUGGGAGGAAUUUUAUCAGGGAAAACACGCUCCCAACCCGUGAGGGGGGGUCCGGGGGUCUCCCCACACCCCCCACCACUCCUCCUCUGGAGCUGCUCUCGCUGCCUGCUGAUCCCACUUUUUUGGGGUUUUUUUUUUUUUUUCCUCCCCCCUCCCCCAACCCCAUAAAGCAGCGUGAAUGGGCCCCCCCACCCCCACUAUGAGGCCCUUUCAUGCUGUUUAGACCCCUCCCCAAAAUCUAGCCCCCUUCCCCAUCCCCCUUUUUAUUUUUUAUUUCCAGCACCACAAACUCACAGACUGGUGUAAAGCCAAAAAAAAAAAAGAGAAAAAAAAAAAAAAAAGAGGUGUUUUUUUUUUUUUUUCUUGCUUUCUUUCAAAUUUCAUUUUCGAAUUAAGAGCAGGAACAGGAUCCCCCCCUCCCCUCUCCCUCCCCUCCUUGUCCCCCCCCCUCAAAAAGGGGAGAAUCCUCCUCAAAAAAUGGGGAGAAUCCCCCCAAAAAUGGGGAGAAUCCUCCUCAAAAAAGGGGAGAAUCCCCCCCAAAAAUUGAGAGAAUCCUCCCAAAAAAUUGAGAGAAUCCUCCUCAAAAAAGGGGAGAAUCCCCCCCAAAAAUUGAGAGAAUCCUCCCAAAAAAUGGGGAGAAUCCUCCCAAAAAAUGGGGAGAAUCCCCCCCAAAAAUUGAGAGAAUCCUCCCAAAAAAUGGGGAGAAUCCCCCCAAAAAAUUGAGAGAAUCCUCCCAAAAAAUGGGGAGAAUCCCCCCAAAAAAUGGGGAGAAUCCCCCCAAAAAAUGAGAGAAUCCCCCCAAAAAUGGGGAGAAUCCCCCUCAAAAAAGGGGAGAAUCCCCCUGAAAAAUGGGAGAAUCCUCCAAAAAAGGGGAAACUCCCCCAAAAAAAGGGGGACCCCCCCCCCAAACCUUGGGAAUAUUUAACGAUAGCAAUAGUUUAGUGAAUGUCCGAGCACUCCUGUGCAUCCUCUCAUGCAUUAACGGCCAGUAAAGUGGACUUAGCCCCUCCCCCACCCCGGCCGGGACCCCUCCCCUCCC